AUGCCGACCAAUUCGAGCUAUUCCUAUUCACGGACCAAAGGGAUUGACAGACGACUCUUGUCUGCCCAACCAGCAAACCUGCAAGCUUCCUCCGCCGCGUUUCCUGCCAUCGACUUUGAUGCGCUAGGUUCAGUUGGCGUCGCAGGUAGCUUCGCUGGCCUGGACAUCUGGAGCUCGUCUGACAACAGCUCUGCAAACACCUAUGAUCCUGCUGCAUCUACUCUGCUGCACCGCAACAGCGAUGGAACCCUAACGAAGCUCAACGCUACUGAGGCUGGGGGCGUCAUCUCCACUGUAUGCGGUCAGAGCAGUGGUGCAGGGAUGAUCGUUGCUGGAGGUAGCUUCUCAAAAAUGGGCGACGUCUCCACCGCCAACAUCGCCGCCUAUGAUCCAUCGACGGGACAAUGGGAUGACAUGGCGGGCGGUAUAGAGGGCACGAUCACGUCCGUGCUUUGCCUCGAAGAGAUUGUUGUCGUUGGCGGUAAUUUCACCGCUCCAGCAGAAGUCGAUGCUCAAAGCGUUGAAGGUCAGAGAUACCUCGGCAAUGUAGCUGCAUGGAACUUCACAUCCCAAGCAUGGCAAGCUCUAGACUUUGGAGGCCUCAAUGGUACGGUGCAGGCUAUGGUAGCUGGUGCGAAUACUUCGAUGGUACAGUUCGGAGGAACUUUCGACACCGCUUUUGGCAACAGCAGCGCUCUAGGAGCUUCUACAGACAAUGCUACGGCCAUUUCGGGCACAUACACCUCUCCCUCAGCUCUCUCUGCCAAAUGGGCACCCAUUUCGCUGGCUAUGAGUUACUUUGAAGGAGGUCCGUCGCUCAACAACGACAACUUCAACAUGGCCCCACAGAUUCUCUGUCCCCAGGGUGCAGACGGAUCUGGGAACACCGCAGGGUCACUCUCAAGGGUCAGGGCAUUCAGACUGGGCAACACCUUUCACGAUGGCCGGGGAACUCAGAACUUCUCCAUCACCUCCUUCUCAAGCGACAGCCCAAUAGAACUCCUCUACCUGGACCCGGCGACGAACAAGAAUGUCACCUGUACGACGCAGUGUCAGAUGCAUCACAACGCUUCGGUACCUUAUCAGGAUUUCCUAGUCAAUGCACGCUCCUCCGAUGCGGCGAUCGAUGGCACUGUAUCGCUGACUGGCUUUUCGCUGAAUGUCACUGGGUGGCACGGCGCCGGUGCUGGUCUGCAUAUGCUCGAGGUCUUUGCCUACCGCUCAUACAAUCGAGGUGCCUGCAACUCAACGGUAGAAGGAGUCAAUGGGGAUUGCGGCAUUCGCGAAGGUGUCCUUCAAUUGUCAGAUAGCUACAGCAAUCUGGCCUCGCACUCCUCCGCUCAAGUCUCCUUUCAGGUGGAUUUGGCGGUACGAGGCAACUACACGGGCUACCUCCACUGCAAUGACCGAACCGAUGUCCUCGUCACCGUCAUCAACAACUCCACCAACUCGGGCACGUCCAUAACGGUCUCACAGAAUGUUGAAGCUGAUACGGACAUUGCCAUCUGGGAUGGAGAAGUUGACCCAACCAGCGAGAACUUCAUGCCCUCCGUGGUUCUGUCCAUCCCGACAGAUGCUUCUGAACCUUCCAGUGGCAACUUUACGGUCGUCGCCGAUCGUGUGCGCUUCGUGCUGCGCAAUAGCACAGAGAUCUUCCAGUCGAAUGCCACCGCAGUCAAGAAGGGAUUCGGUGUGUUCUCCUACGACAUCAUCGAUCCCGAGGUCCAAGCUCUGACUAACGUCAAUGCUACUGGGGUCAUACCAAACGCCAGCUUGACGUCUCUAGACGCAUUCGGUGUCACUCUUCUUGGUGCUGGGGUAACGCGAGCAACAGACGAGCACGUCUAUGCUCUCACGACUAUCGGAGAUGUGACUUUUGUCGGUGGUGCCUUUGCCUCGACUGUAUUCAACGGCUCAGCUGGGUUCCAGAAUAUCGUGGCCUUUGACAACCGUCAAAAUGCUUCGGAAACAGUGGCUGUCACGAGACUAGACUCCGGCGGUCUCAACGGUCCGGUCAUGGCGAUGGCCGCUUUGCAGAAUCUGUUGUUCGUUGGAGGCAACUUCACCAGCCCAGCAGGUUCUUCCGCUGAUCUCGCGUACGUCGCGCGGUAUGACCCGGCAAAGAGCGCUUGGGCAGCAUUCCCCGAUGGCCCCAACGGACCCGUGACUAGUGUUGCUGCACUAGGUGAGGACGGGCUUCUGAUCGCUGGUAAUUUCACCCAGCUAGGUAGCAAUGAUGUCCCUGGCUACGCUAUCUGGAACGAGACGACAAUGGCUUGGGUCACAGAGCAGAGCUUCAUAGUCGGUGUCAUCUCGUCGAUCAGCGCUGUCAACGGGACUGCUUACAUGGUCGGAUCAGUCAGUGCCGUCAGCGCCAACGCAGCUGCAGGUGCUGCUGGUCUGAAGGCGCCUGCGACUGAUGGCGAUGUUCCACAAGUCACCUCUCUGAACUUCACGUUCGUGCCAGGCGACACUUCUUCCACGACGGCAUCAUCCUCUCGGAGACGCUCCUUAAUCGCCCAGCAAAACAGCGCUCUCAAGAAGAGAGGUGAUACACGCAAUGCUCGAGCCAUACCAGCCCACAGCCAGCCAGCGCAGCGCCGUUCAAUGCUCGGCCGCUUGUUGUCUGGUCUUCUCCGUCGCCAAGACGUCAGCUCUGACCAGGCGUCAUCAACUGCUCAGGCUGAUGCCAUUGAACCAGCCUCUCUCCAGGAUGACGGAACAAACCAAAUCAUGGCGUCUGCUUUCUGGCAACGCAGCGAUGGCGUCAGCUUCACCAUUGUAGGAGGACGCUUCAACACGACUAGUGGGGUCAGCAAUCUUGGUCUGUACGAUCAGAGCGCAACCGCCCUGGAAAGCUUCCCUGCAUACCCUACACAGAAUGGUAGUCUGCCCACCCUCUUCAGGGCUUUGACUGUCGUUGACAACACACUGUAUGCGGGCGGCGAUGGAGGACUUGUGGUCUUCGAUUUGACCAAUGGUACCUGGCUCUCUGCAGGUCAGGAGCUCUCUGCUACAGACAGCGCCAACUUGACCGUCACCGCCAUUGCUCACCGGCCUGACAACGCGCAGGUUAUAGUUGCCGGCAACUUCGACACGGCAGGUAUGCUGCCAUGCUUGAAUGUGUGCCUUUGGGACAUGGACACUCAUCGUUGGAGUCCUCUCGGCAGUGGUGUCAGUGGCCAGAUCACUGCGAUCGACUACGCCGGGACUUCUGCAUCGCAUUUGAUCGUAGCCGGCGAGAUGACCGUUGGAGGAACAAGUGCAUCUCUGCAAGGGUGGGACUUUUCUGCGCAGAAUUGGACGGCCUUCGGUAGCGUUGGCACUGGCAGCGGCCAAGUGCCAGGUCCAGCUACAGCUGCCGUCGUCGAUGAUCUGAGCCUCAGCUCGAUCUUCGUGGCGGGCAGAUACGCAGACGGAGCAGCUCCUUACCUUGCAAAGUGGGACGGGUCGCAAUAUGAGCUUCUUGGUGCGGAGGAGCUGGAGGCAAACACGGGCAUCGCUCAACUCACCUUUGUCCCCAUCACCGAGGCCCAUCCAAGCAACAAUGUCCUGGAGAACAAUCGUCUGCUCGUUGUUAGCGGAGCCCUCACCAUGACAAGCUACGGCAAUCUCUCAAGCGCCUUCUUUGAUGGAGUCAACUGGACGCCCUUCUUGCGCACCACUAGCACGACGGGUGGCUCAGGCAUUGUUCGGGCCAUCAGCCGAUCUACCGAAACACUCAAGUUCCCUAACCUAAGCACCUUGGCAGUCGGUCUAGUCAUACUCAUCUCCAUUGCCAUUGGUCUUGGAAUUGUGUUCUUGCUAGUGCUGAUCGGACUGCUCAUCGCUUUGGCAAGGCGUAGGCCGAACAGAGGCGUCGAUGUCCCUAUCUCCCCCUCGGACGAGAUGUUGUCCGCUGAGAAGAAGAGGCCGACGUCGCUCUUGGCCACGCUCAAUGCAGCUACAGAGAAUGUGAUGGGAGCUGGCGCAGCCGGAGCGGGACUGGGAGCAAUGACGACUACUGCGGGGACCUCCUCGUCGGGCCAUUAUCGUGGAGAAUCCAUGCCGCUCACAUCGGAGGACCACGACUACACAAACGCCAGUAGCAACUAUCACAGCGAGGCUCAGACCGGGCGCUCGGCUUACUAUACAGACGACGGCACGACAGAGGGCCAUACAGCGAUGACCACGGGCGCAAAUACAACGCGCGGUGGCAUCGACGCUCACAUGCGCUUUAGUUUCGAAGCCACUCAUCCUUCGGAGCUGGGCGUGAGAGCAGGUGAUGCUCACUGGUGGCUGGCCAGGUCAGACGAUGGAAGGAUCGGUGUCGUGCCGGCUUCUUAUGUGCUAUAG